GAUGGUUCUGGUCCCUUGCUGUAUAUGGACUUUACUCUGGAUAUUUACACAUGUAACAGUGGCUUCCCAUAACUACCAGGAUUACAACGCAUUGUUUCUUCAAAGGACAGAGAACGAGUGGCGAUCUCUCUGGCACACAGACUGUCAUCGGGUUUGUCAUUAUGAACUGGAUCAACAUGUAGACUUGGCCUGUCGGGUGGACAUUUACAGAAUCCGGAAACGCUCAGCAGACUGGGACCAUUCAGUUAAACAGAGGCACAUUGAUGAGGGUAAGUACUUUCUUCAUUUUCUCAAUAACAAUGGAGUUUUUAUAGAAAAAUCUGCUUCUAUGAAGUUUUUAUCCCCAGUAAUGGGCAUGAGAAGUAAAAGGAAUGUUCUGAACGAGUGUUGCUACUCCAAAGGCUGUAGCUGGGAAGAAUUUGCAGAAUUUUGCCAAUUUUCUAUAAGACUUCCUGCCACAAAUGCCAACUCCUGCACGUGAUAAACCGUCACUCUGUAUCACAAAGUAAUCAGAACGUAGAA